AUGUUCUUCGGGCUAUACGCUAUUAUAAAAGAAAAAUCGAACCUUGUAACUGGGUUUGUGCAUGUUUAUCUAGCAGUCAAAGUCUAUUUUAUAGUGACAAACUCUAUAUGGGUUGGACUAUACGAAUCAGAGGCGCAAAAAUCUUUAUCAAAUUAUCAUAGCUUCUUUGAUUCUACGGGUGUAUCGCAAUAUUAUGGAAGUUACUAUGAUCCUUGUAGUAUAUAUGGAGGUGCUAGUGUCGGUGUGUGGGCGUCUCUUUUCGCAUUGGGAAUAUUGCCGAGUCCUUAUCUAUACUUAACGUUGCGAUUUUAUGCCGCACAACUUCAAAUUCAAGAUAUGCUGAAGAAACGCCAAGAGCGUGAUCAGCAGCAGCAACCCACUACUGUCGUUCAUGUCUAUGGCUCAAAUCAAGCUGAGCCAGCUCAAUACAAUAUGGUUCAAACUCCCAACAACUAA